CAAACACAAAGAAAAACCUAAAGAUACACAGUCCACUCUCUCUUCAGACUCUUUUCUCCAAGACAUUAUUUUGGAAUCUUCGGCAAAUCUCCGGCGAAUCUUUGGAACCAAAAGAACAUAAGGAUGAUCAGCAAAGAAUGAUCGGGGAUCGCAUUCGCCAUGUCAGAUUCGUGCUCCGACUGCUUCUCCGACCUUCUCUGCGGCGAGGACUCCAGUAUUAUCUUCUCCAGUGGCGGAGAACACCUGCCGGAGUGCUCAUCGGACCUGGAUUACCCACAACCGGACGUCGAGGAAUCGAUUGCCGGACUCAUAGAGAAUGAGAGAGAUUUCAUGGUUCCGUGCAGCGAUUAUAUGGAAAAGUCCCAUUCAAAUCAAUAUAUUGAUGCAUCAACUAGAGCAGAUUCUGUUGCAUGGAUUCUGAAGGUGAAACGUUACUAUGGUUUUCAGCCGUUAACGGCUUAUCUCUCCGUCAACUAUUUUGAUCGUUUUCUAUACUCCCAUCAGUUGAGGAAAAUGAAUGGGUGGCCAGUGCAAUUAUUGACCGUUGCAUGCUUGUCAUUAGCUGCUAAAGUGGAGGAACCUCUGGUUCCUUCUCUUCUGGAUCUUCAGGUUGAAGGUGCAAAAUUUAUUUUUGAACCAAGAAAUAUCCAACGAAUGGAGCUUCUUGUGCUACGUGUACUGGGUUGGAGGCUGCAAUCCAUUUCUCCAUUCAGCUUUCUCAGCUUUUUUGCCCACAAAAUUGAUCCAACAGGAACUUACACGGGAUUCCUUACAUCAAGGGCAACUGAAAUUAUUUUGUCAAUUAUCCAAGAGACCAGCUUCCUUGAGUAUAGGCCAUCAUGCAUUGCUGCUGCAACAAUACUUUGUGCAGCAAAUGACCUCCCACAUUUCUCUUUAGUUACCGCUCAACAUGCUGAGUCGUGGUGUGAUGGACUCCACAAAGACAAAAUCAUCAAUUGCCACCGAUUGAUGCGACAAUACACGUUUACUGAUAGGCCAAGGAAGCAACCAAAAGUGUUACCUCAGCUUCGAGUCAUGACUCGGGCAAGUAUCACGUGGAGCGACUCCUCAUCCUUAUCCUCCUCAUCCUCAUCAUCUUGUAAACGAAGAAAGUUAAACAAUAGUUUGUGGGUGGAUAAUGACAAACAAAGCUCGGAUUAAAGGCAGGAGGGUUUUAAAAUAAGAGAAGAAACAAAAAAAUCUAAAAGAAAAUGGUUUGUUAAUUUAAAAGUUGUCUAAGUCUUGAAUCUUGAUUUUUUUUUUUUUUGGAUGGACUGAGAUAAAAAAAAAAAAAAAAAGAAAUGAUAAAGAGUGAUGUAGAUAAGGUAGUAGGUAUAAUGUAUGUACAAAGGUUUGGGAGACUAUUAUAAACUUUUUUGGUGGGCAUUGCCAUUCAUGAAUAUUUAUGAAUUGGCCUUGCUGAUUCCCUAGGGAAGGGGAUUUGGUACAUAUAUAUUAUUUUGGAGUGAAGAAAUUGUUUAAUAUCUAGUGGAGUCAUAUGCAAUGAAAGUGGGGAGUGACAGAAUUCAAAGGCAACAUUAAUUGAUUAUCGAAUGAAUGGAGAAGGGACUGUGGGACCUAAAAUGGCAGUGAAAAUCAAUGGAAUUGGCGAAAGACUUUGGGUUUAGAAGUUGAUGAAAUAUGAGUCAAGCUACUCUACUAUGCCACCAUCAUUGCAUCAGCCACCCCCUACAUAUUUCAAGAAGUCAUGAAGAAAUUAUAGAAAGCAGUGAAGAAAAAAGAUUCAUGGCUCCAUCAGGACUUUUUUCUUUUUCUUUCAUCAUUUUUUUUUUUUUUUGGGAUGGAUUUUGAGUGAUUUGUCUGUACACGCUUACACUAUAUCCUGCACGUGUGCCUUUUUCUUUUUCCGCGGGAAGUGUCCAUUUCUUGGUUGUCCUAACGAUUUUGUGGGACGUUAUUUUGAGUGGUGUUUUGUGUGUGUAACGGAUACAUGUCGGUAUUCUUUUUCUCUAAAUUUUUGUUUUCUCAUAUAUUUUUUUUAUGGCCUAAAGUUUGCCAAAAUUUACAGAGGUCUUUGGGGCCUUGUUUGGUGAGUGAUGUAUUUGGAAUAAAUAAAAUGAGAAAUUAUUUAUAUAGA